AUGUCUCUAAUCCAGCGGAUCGGAUCGAGUACAGAAGCAUACUUAUUAGAAUUGACUAUCCAUUCUGUUACAAUAAAUAUUCCUUAUCCAGCCAAGCUAAAAGUUGUGGUAGAAAGAGGUAAAAAGUAUAGAGAAGAGACUCCUGCUGUUGAAAACGAUGUUGUUCUAGGAACAACUUUUUUAGAGCACACAGUUUUAAUUCCAGUCACCAUGUUUAGAAAAAAUAGGUCUUAUUUGAAGAAAUUUGCAUCUUUUCAACUUCUUCAGAUUGUUAAAAAUAAAUCUGUAAAGAACGGCUCAGUAAAGCUCGAUUUGUCCAAAAUUUUUACGUAUAGCACAGACUUUGAAAAGGAAAAUAUCAGACUUAAACACUGCUCAGAUAAAAAUGCAAUUAUUUGUAUCAGUGCAGCAAUGACAAGAGUUGAUCGAACUUCAAGCUUAGGAUCGCUUUCAACAGAUUCAAUAUCAUCAGAAGAAGCAGAAGUAAUUGAUUUAAUUACAAUAUCUUUUGACUCUGAAAUUAGCAGAAUUUCAGAGAUUUUGCCAGAAAAGAACAAUAGUUUGAACUCGGUAACUUCUGAAGAAAACCAAAGCAAGGAAAAGCUAGAAACCAAAGAGAAAUUUAAGGAAAGACUGGAAAAGCUCGUAAUUACAGAAAAAUCACAGACUAGCAGAGAGCCAAAUACAGCUUAUCCAUAUAGAGAGGUUGAUUCUCCGUUAUCAGUUGGUACUAUUUCACCUCAGCUAAGAAGGACUGAGUUUUUAUUUUCUAAUUCUUCAAUAGAGUCGGAUCCAAGAUUACUAAGCCCUUCAGAAUUUAAUGACUUCCAAGAUAUCAUGAUUCUUGAUAAAGAAAAGCCAGAGCCAAAACCGUUUGUGAUAAAGCCAGUUAAAAUAGGGUGUGACGAUGAAAAAUCAAAUUAUACUAAUAACAACAAAUUAGAACAAGAAAUGGACUCUGUUUCAGAGUAUGAAAAUAUAGAAUCUCUGCCAGAAACUUCUAUAAAAAAAGCCAGACCUAAUGCACACAGUAAAGAAAAUGAAUUAAAAGUACGUGAGCGAGUUGGAGGUUUGAGCAAUACAAACUCUUCAUGUUCUUCCUGUAAAGGAUGCAUGAUUUUUUAA